UAGGGAUUCCUCUCAGCCUGAAGCAACCAGGGUUCUAUGACUCUGAUUUUAAGAUUUUAAGUAUAUUUUUUUCACGUAAAUUCUCACCAAGAAACGAUUUUUCUCGAUAUUUCCCGUUUUCGCGUUUCAUCCCACUUUUACUUCAAAUAUGCCAAAAUUUGGUAAUUUCCCCGAAGAGAGCGGACAUACUGAGACAACUUUUUCUUUCCACAGUUGUUAAUUAUUGUAAUUGAAGUGGAAACUCCAAGGCUGUGAAAAGUAAUCGAUUAUGAAAAAUAUUCUUAAGCUAACCUUAGCUAUUAUAAAACCAGAUGUAGUGAAAGUUCCUUUUACCCUACAGCAAAUCCACAGUAAGAUAUUAACGGCUGGUUUCUACAUAGUUCAAAGCCGUACUGUAAACCUUUCUUGUCAGCAAGUUGAGAAUUUUUAUACAGAACAUACUGGAAGGUUUUUCCAUAAACGGCUUGUAACAUUCAUGAAAAGUGGACCUAUUCAUGCACAUAUCCUAGCUCAUCCUGAAGCCAUUCAAUUGUGGCGUGAGAUUAUGGGACCAACAAAAUCUUUUGUAACACAAUAUGAAGCCCCUGACACCAUUAGAGGAUCAUUCGGCCUUACUGAUACGAGAAAUUGUACUCACGGCUCCGAUUCUGAAACAUCAGCCAUGAGAGAGAUCAAGUUUUUCUUUCCUCAAUUCAACUAUGAGGAAUGGUUGGAGAAACAGGAGUCCAUUUUAAGAAAAUGAAUAUGCAGUAUUGUGUACUCCACCUUCACUCAUAGCAAAAAUUUGAAGUUAGGGUUGUAAGAAAGAAUUUGCAGGUAAACAAUACAUUAGUGGCUGUCAACUA